ACGUUGCGUUGAUUUACUUACAUAUAUUCGUGCGUCAUGCUCUGAAAAUGUUGAUAUCAUUGUGUUCCCGUCAUAAAAAUUAAAAGACGAUGACAGUUACGGGGGUGGUCAUUGAGGAUAUGAAAUGAAUGGUUUGACGCAUGCGCUUUGCGCCGGUUUUCAGCGAGAUAUAAGCAAGCGAAAUCAUCCUCGCACCGCACAACUUUCGCAAACGAUCUCGCAGAGAACAGCGAAGCCCGCAUCCCAUUAAUCAUCACUACACCACUUCCGAUGUUUUAACACUCGUAUUAUAAAAUAUUUACGCUGUGAGUUGUGACUAGGUUUUCCGCAGUGCAUAUAUUAUUUAUUACUAUUUGCAAAAACUUUUAUUAGUUCUCGCCAAGUUUUUCGGCGCGCAACAUUAAACAGUUGACUGGAAAGGAUUAUUUUGGAUUCUUCGAGCAUCCCCCGACACUCUACCUACAAAAUGAUGUGGUGGGCAAUAUGGUGUGCUGCGGUGGUGGCCGGAGCCGCUGCCGCGCCAGCCGCCGACGCGCUAGCGCCCCUCGCGCUCGACCUGCCACAGAUCGAUUCCCUUACGCCUGACGACGAGAGCCUGAUGAGCUACGCGGGGCCGGCAGGUCGCUACGCUGCGUCCGCGCCGCUGGUCUACCUACUGCCCGACAUGUCCCGCGACGCGCAGGAGUGGAGCGGGCGCAGCAAGCGCCGCGCGCCCACGCUGUCCAUCGACCUGCCCAUGGCGGUGCUGCGCCACAAGCUGGGCCUGGAGCAGGCGCGCAAGGCGCAGGCGCUGCGGGCCGCCGAAAACAGGAGCUUUCUGAACGAGAUCGGCAAACGAGGUUUUCAAUGGGACUCAUCUCUGGAAUUGCAGAAGUAUUACUAGAUUAUAAAUUCUGGCCGUCGUAGAUACAGAAAUGUAUUGUCAAUUCUGGUAUUUUUGAAGUACAUUGGAAAUAUUACUGUAUUGUAUAACCAACCAAAUUAACCUUUACCUAACAUCAAUAAUGUAGCGUCGCAUGUCAGAAACAUUAAUUGUAAAUUUAAUUAAUAAUGACUUAAUUAUUUAAUACUUCUUUGAUCUUCCUUCUGAUCACAAGAUUAUAAGUUCUGAUAGGUAUAGUAGUUAUGAAUAUAUUUUA